UUGAUAACCUUCCUCGGUGGUUUUUCACAACAGUCCAGCCAUCAUGGCGGCUCACAGAUUAGCAUGUUUAGGGUUCAAUGCCCUCUAUUCCACUGUCAACGCGCCGAAGCAGGCACUGAGGAGCUGCUGGGGAGCAGUAGAGCAAGUGAGAGGUUACUAUGUUAACUGGAAGAUGCUGAGGGAUGUCAAAAGAAGACAGAUGGCCUUUGACUAUGCUGAUGAGAGGUUACGGAUUAAUGCACUGAGAAAGAACACCAUCCUACCCAAAGACCUUCAGGAGAUAGCAGACAAAGAGAUUGCUGCCCUACCCAGAGAUAGCUGUCCUGUGAGGAUACGCAACAGGUGUAUCCUGACUUCCCGACCCCGGGGAGUGAAGCGGAGAUGGCGACUGAGUCGUAUUGUCUUCCGUCAUCUUGCUGACCACAAUCAGAUGUCUGGGAUCCUGAGAGCAAGGUGGUGACUAUGGCCUUGUUGGCCUUGUUGGUCAGUUUUGAAUAAGUAACAGGGCAGGACAUCAUUUAUUACAUCUACAUUUAUGUUUUGCUGUAAACAUUUAAGCCACAAUUGUUUUGUUGUAUAGAUUUUAAAACCUGUAAAUGUCAUGGUCAAUGGACUUCAGAAAAGUCUAAAUGUCAAUUGAUCUACUGCACAGCAAGAGACAUAAAUAAAAAAACUCUCCAAACUCUA